GCCCAUACAUACACAUCCUCUCCAUCGACCGAAUACGAAACGAAACAUAGACGGCUUGGUCCUAUCCAGCCAUUAGACAUCAUGGCUCAAUCCACCAAGUGCUAUCUUCCUCGGUUCGCUUCGACGGUUGACGGGCCUAAACGCCCAGUCUCGAUGAAGACGAGACCCACGGCGGCUCAGCAUGCGCAGUUAUUAACCGCAUCGAAUGAAGGCCGUCUGGACCCAAUCCUACGAGCCACCUGGGCUCUUUUGUUGCACUACUAUAUCCGCUCCGAGGAUAUAUGCUUCGGUUACCAACAUCUCGAGGGCGACUCGCGCUCUCCCAAAUCUUCUGUACAGCGUUCUACCGUCAAUAUUUCGACGAUCCGCAUAUCCAUCAACGACAACGACUCUCUCAAAGCAAUUGUAGAUAAGGUGCGCGCAAACAGUGCGAUUCGACAGAGCAAUGGAAGCCCGGAGACUUCCGAGGCAUAUCUUCCUUUCAACACCAUCUUCAUGCUGCGCACAUACGACCCGCCUGCUUCUCCUUCAAAACCUAUUCUGGCGACAGCUCUUCCGGACGAGUGUCAAGUCCGUCUUCAUGUCAAGGUGCUGCGUGGAGACAUCAGCAUCUUCCUCGAAUGGCGCAAGGGUGACAUGUCGGGGGAACAGAUGAAGAGUAUCGCAAACAUUUUUGAGCAGUUGCUUGCCAAAGUGCUUUCUGCUGAGAACACCGCUAUUAGCCAGCUUAAUUUGUUCUCGGAGAACGACUGGCAACGCAUCCGCAAGUGGAAUUCCACUACUCCCCAGCUUCACGAUCGCUGCAUCCAUGAGGCCAUCCACGAUCAAAUGUUGAGCGGACCUGAUCGUGAGGCUGUGUGUGCGUGGGAUGGAAGUUUGACGUUCGCCGAGUUGGACCACCAAGCAUCGAAGCUCGCAUGCUAUCUUCGCAUGCAGGGAGUCGGGCCGGAAAUCCGCGUGGCUUUGUGUUUUGAUAAAUCGAAAUGGAACAUCGUUGCAAUGCUUGGCGUGAUGAAAGCCGGGGGAGCCUUUGUCCCAUUGGACCCAAGUCACCCAACUUCUCGACUGCAAGGUCUCAUCCAAUCGGUUGAGGCACCGGUUGUGCUGUGCUCUCAGCAUCUUGCCGAUAAACUUCGUCCGAUCGUGAAGACUUUAAUACCCCUCUGUGCUGAUACUCUAGAUCCUCUGUCGGACCCUGCCGACAGCGUCAAUCUUGCAUCUGGUGUCACAAGUCAAAAUGCGGCUUAUGUUCUGUUUACCUCUGGAUCAACAGGAGAACCCAAGGGGACCCUCUUGGAGCACCGCGCGUUCCUGUCUGGGGCAAUGGUGCAUGGACCCGGGCUGCGCAUUUAUCGCGACUCGCGAUGCCUUCAAUUUGCCGCCCACACAUUCGAUGCUAGUUUAGCUGAGACGUUGACGCCGCUCAUCCAUGGUGCAUGCGUGUGCAUUCCGAGCGAGGAAGCUCGGCUCAACGAUAUUGUGAGCACCAUCAACGAGAUGCGAGUCACCCAAGCUUGCUUCACCCCGUCAUUCAUCGGCUUUAUUGAAAUCGAGAGCGUUCCAGGACUGGAGAGUUUAGUCCUGGCCGGGGAGGCAAUGUCCCAGUCACAGCUCACUACCUGGUCCAAAAUCAAACUGGUCAAUGGUUAUGGACCUACCGAGGCCAGCGUGGCGUCCGUCCUCAACUCCAAUGUUACACCUGACACCGAUUGCAAAGAUAUCGGACUGCCUAUUGGUGUAAGAACUUGGCUUGUGAACCCUGAUAACCACGAUGAACUGGUCCCCGUGGGCUGCCCUGGAGAACUACUUUUGGAAGGCCCACCCCUGGCCCGGUGCUACGUGAAUAAUCCCCAAAAGACAAACGAAUCGUUCAUCUACGACCCUGCUUGGACUACAUUGGACCCUGAAAGUGGCUCGAACCGUAGAUUCUACAAGACAGGUGAUCUCGUCAGGUACAACUCCGAUACUGGUGCCCUGAAUUACGUCGGUCGCAAGGAUACACAGGUCAAGGUUCACGGACAACGGAUCGAGCUCGGCGAAAUUGAGAAUCAGCUCAGCAAAGAUUCGAACGUCACUCAUUGCUCUGUCUUUUUCCCCAAGACUGGUUUCUCAAAGGGACGCCUGGCGGCAGUUGUGUCGUCCACUGGCUUGCUUGCGGAACAGUCUGAUUCGGACUUGGAACCUCUACGACUGGUCUCUGCCUCGAAAAAAGGCCGAGCUUGUCCCCGGCAUCCGAGAGCGUCUAUCAGCUCGCCUCCCUACUUACAUGGGAAGCUAGACCGCAAGGGCAUUUCCACUUGGGUCGCCGGUAUGGAGAGCGAUCCGGAUCUGCAGAGCAGUGCCUCCGCUGCAAUCGUCGACGCAGAAGCCUCACAGCCCGCCAACGACAGAGAGGAAGCUUUAGCCGCUGUAUAUAGCCGUGUCCUCAACAUUCCCCAGAACCAGCUCAAUUUGAAUGAGAGCUUCCUCGCCCUUGGCGGUGAUUCGAUCGCAGCUAUGACAUGUAUCGGUCUCUGUAAGAAGCGUGGGUUUGCCCUCUCUGUACAGGAGCUACUUCGCAGCAAAUCAAUUCGCGAUCUCGCAACUCGCGCAAAGACGAUUGAUCACCUUACGACUUACGAAGAAGCUGUUGACGAACCCUUUAGCCUGUCGCCCAUCCAGACCCUUCACUUUGGUGUCCGCAAGGAAGGCCAAGGCCACUUCAAUCAAGGAAUCCUCACUCGCUUGAACAAACCCGUCGACGAAAGGACCCUCCGCAAAGCUGUCGAAACGCUGGUAUUUCGGCACUCUAUGCUCCGUGCACGGUUCACUGACACAGGUUUCGCCACGGCGUCCAGUCAACACAUUACUCGCGAUAUCAAGGGAUCUUACAGAUGGCGAAUGCACACUCUUGGCAACAUGAACGAGGUCGAAACUCAUGUCGCCGACAGCCAAUCCUCUAUCAACUGCUUCUCUGGGCCACUGCUGGCAGUGGAUUAUUUCUUGGUGAAGGGGCAGCCUAAUGUGCUGUCAAUGACGGCUCACCACUUGGUUGUGGACAUUGUCUCCUGGAGAAUUAUCCUGGAAGAUUUGGAAGACAUCAUUCUAAACCCCGAGAAGACGGAAACCAGUGAUGGUUCGUUGCCUUUCCAGACCUGGUGCCGCCUGCAGAAUGAGCACUGCAACACCCUACGUGCUGAGCACAAAAUUGCAACUGAUGCUCUCGCUGUACCCGACUUUGGUUACUGGGGGCUCAAAGACACUCAAACUACGUAUGGAGAUGUGGAUUGUGCCUCGUUUGAGAUCGACCCAGCCCAUACCAAUGCUAUUCUGCUGGAAUGUCAUAAAGCUCUUGGCACCGAGCCAAUUGACUUAUUCCUGGCAGCAAUGCUCCACUCAUUUGGCCGCGCUUUCCCCGAUCGUUCUCUUCCAACGAUCUAUAAUGAAGGCCACGGACGAGAAGUCUGGGACCCGUCCAUUGAUAUUUCGCAUACUGUUGGCUGGUUCACCAUUCUGCACCCAAUUUUUGUCUCUGCAUACAAGUCAGACAACCCCAUUGAUACCCUCAUCCAGGUUAAGGACCUUCGCCGUCGCGUCACGGACAAUGGCCGCGCAGAUUUCACCAGCCGUGUACUCCCAGCUGAGGGCAAUCAAGGGUCCAAGCACCCUCAUCCCUUUGAGAUGUCAUUCAACUACGUUGGACAACACCGAGAUCUACAGAGGAAGGAUGGUCUCUUCCAACUUGUUGAUCAGAUGGCUGGAGAAGCUGGGCAAGGAGGCGGCGCCGCUGACUUUGGAUCAGAUACUCCCCGCUUCGGUCUUUUCGAGAUCUCUGCGAUGGUCGUGGCUGGAAAGGUUCGAUUCAACUUCUCCUUUAACAAGUUCAUGCAGCACCAGAAUCGUAUUCACCGAUGGGUUUCCGAAUGCCAGGAGCUGCUUGUAACCCUCUCUGAGCAGCUUCCUACCCUCGAGCCGCGUCUGACUCUCAGCUCGUUCCCAAUGCUGUCGUUGACCUACCCUACCUUGGACAAGUUGCUCAAUGAAAAAUUGCCUGCUAUGGGUAUUGAGUCCCCUGACUUUGUUGAGGAUAUCUACCCUUGUUCUCGCAUGCAGCAGGGUAUCCUACUUGGUCGCAAGCGAGAUAGCUCCUACUACGCUGUCCACGACACCUUCGAAAUUCGGGCUACUGGAUCUGGCAAGCCAAACCUCGAUCGCUUGGUCAAUGCAUGGCAGAAGGUCGUUUCUCACCAUGCGAUGUUCCGCACCAUCUUCGUUGAGAACCUCACUCCUCGCGACCCCUUCUGUCAGGUCGUGCUGAAGGGUUACGAUGCUACUCCUGUCUUCCUGCAGUCAUCAGGGGACGAUGACGUGCUGGCCACGUUCGAUAAGGAAGACCCCAAGGAUUACAGCGAGCCUGAACCAGCGUAUCGUUUCACUAUUUGCCAGACACCCACUGGCAGACUGUUUGCUCGCAUUGAGCUCAGUCAUGCGGCGAUGGACGGUAACUCGAUCUCGAUCAUCCUCCGUGACUUGCAGCUCGCAUACGCAGGCAGACUUGAGGAAAGCCCUCAGCCUUUGUUCAAGGAUUAUAUCCAGUACCUCCAGGACGCGCCGAACGAAGCCAGCAUCAACUACUGGCGUUCGUACUUGGAUCAGGCUAAGCCGUGCCACUUCCCCGCCCUCACUGACGGUCAACAAUCAGCAAAGGCACUCCGGUCCAUUCCUGUUAACUUCGGAGCCCUUGACGAUCUCCAAUCUGUCUGCGAGAAGCGCGGAAUCACUCUCGCAAAUGUCUUCAAUGCCGCAUGGGGCCUUACUCUCCGCGCUUUCUGUGGAUCCGACGAUGUCUCCUUUAGUUACAUGGCAUCCCUGCGUGAUGUUUCUGCUGACGGCGUCCAGUGGGUGGUUGGACCAGUCAUCAACCUUCUAAUCUGUCGCAUGAAGGUUGCCGAUGACUCGAAGCUCAGUGAUGUGCUACACCAAAUCCAGAACGACUACAUGGAAAGCCUUCCUUACCGUCACACUUCGCUCAUCGACAUCCAGCAUGCUUUGAAGCUGUCCGACACCAAUUUGUUCAAUUCCGGUGUCUCCUACCGCCGGCUUCCCAGUUCGAAGGAUGCUGUCAGCAGCGAAAUCGAGUGUGCUGAGGUUGGCUCAAUUCACGAUCCCGCCGAGUUCCCGGUAUUCAUCAACCUCGAGGCCAUGGACACCACGGCUCGCAUUGACCUCAACUACUGGACUACGAACCUCUCUGAUUCACAGGCUGCCAAUGUGGCCAAUACAUAUCUUCGAUGCCUUGAGAACGUUGUAUCGAACAUUGACUGUGAAAUCCGGCAGCUAGACAACUUGAGCGAGGAUAACCGUGCCCAGAUCAUGGCGUGGAACAGCAAGACUCCCAAGCCCUUCGAGAAGUGUGCUCAUCAUGUCGUUCAAGAGAUGGCCAAGAAGCGGUCUGAUGCGCUGGCUGUAACUGCUUGGGAUGGCAACUUGACUUACUCCAAGUUGGAUCAAUUCUCCUCUCGCCUGGCAAGCUAUCUUGUCACCUUCGGUGUCGGCCCCGGCACACUGAUCCCCAUCUGCUUCGAGAAGUCUAUCUGGAACAUAGUCUCCACAUUGGCAAUAAUGAAAGCCGGUGGUGGCUGUAUUCCAGUUGACACACCCGAGAGUCUGGCUGUUGUUGAGAACUGGAUUGUCGACAACGUCGUGCAGGUCGCUCUGGCUUCCCCGGAGAAGGCUCAGGUCCUCGAGGAUGCCGUACCGUACGUCAUCCCUGUAAGCGAGUCUCUUCUCGAGUAUCUCGCGGACGAGGCUCUCAACCCCGUGGCACAAUCAUCAGACGUCGCAUACGUCGCUAUGACUGCCGGUACGUCUGGCCCGGCUAAGAGUGUCGUCCUUGACCAUUCAACCGUAAUGACCCGUGCCGAGGCAUUCGCUACCACCAUGGCAAUUGCCGAUGUGUCCAGGACUCUGCAAUUUGCACCCCAUACAUCCGAUGCAUUUAUUGUUGAGGCAUUCGGCACUUUCAUGUGGGGUGGUUGCAUUUGCAUUCCCGCUGACAUUGACCCUCUCAACUUGGCUGCCUCUAUCAACGCGCUCCACGUUAAUGUUGCUAGCAUCACCCCAACAGCCGCAAGCUUCUUCUCCCCCAAGGAUGUUCCCGGACUGCGAUCGAUCGCCCUCGGCGGCGAAGUUGUGCCCCAGAGCGUGCUCGACCACUGGAAGACCGACGACCUCCAAUUGCAGGUUUUGUAUGGAACAUGCGAGAGCUCGGCGGCCUCCUUCCAUGUAUUCUGUUCUCAGGACGAGCACGAGCCUGCCCUCAUUGGAAAGAGUACGUCCUGUGUUUCGUGGGUGGUUGACCCCUCCAACCACGACAAUCUUGUUCCGAUUGGUAGUGUUGGAGAAUUGGCCCUCGAGGGCCCUGUUAUUGCCUCGGGCUACCUCGACAACCGGUCUGUAGAGACCAGCGACUUCUUCGAGAACGCUUCUUGGCUUUCUGGACAACGAGGAGGGCGUAAACACCGUCUUUUCAAGACCGGAGAUCUUGUUCGGUACAAAUCCGAUGGCUCCCUCGUUUUCCUCGGCCGAAAGAAUGAUAAGAAUCAAUCCGCCUUGGCUAGCGAGCUUAUUCAAACUCAGACGCGCAUUGAUACACUCCUGGACAAGAAUAAGUGUGUUCUGGAAAGCGUCCAGCUGCAACGCGGCGACAUGAAGACAAAUGCCCUUGUUGCUUUCGUGGUCUCUUCAGACACCAUCCCAGUCACUUAUGGGGAGCGCGUCCUCCAGUCCGCAACGCCCGGAAUGAAAGAUGCCAUGUCUAGCUUGCACGCUAGUCUGAGUACCAGUCUUCCUGGUAGCAAGGUUCCGAGUUUCUACAUCCCCAUUUCCUCCCUCCCCUUGACCGUCUCUGGAAAGCUAAACCGCCAGGCCCUCAAAGUCGAAACACAGGCGCUCUCGAGCAGCGCUCUUGAGUCUUUCGACAUUAAGCAUUGGAACGGAUCCAAGACUGGUAACCGGGCUUCACGACAUGCCAGUCUCUCCGGGGCCAACAUCGCUUUCUGGAAGGAGUAUCUCGCCGACGUUGAGCCCUGCGUUUUCCCGGCGCUCUCCCAUGAAGCAACCGCCAAUGUCCGCUCCAUUCGCACGCUCAACAAGCAGUCGGCCAACAUCCAUGCCUUCAGCAGAUUGUCUGGUCUGCCUGUGGAAACUCUCUUCCAGUUCGCCUGGGCCGUCGUUCUCCGGUGGUACACUGGCUCAGACGAUGUUUGCUUUGGAUAUUCCGUCGCAGCCUCGGAGAUGAAAUUGGAGACCGAUGGAGUUUCCACCUGCCGCUUCCUCGUCCAGAACGAGCAAAAGCUGCAAGAGACUCUCCAAAAAGCAAAGAGGGACUCUGAGAUCAGUGCAUUGAAUGUAGCUCCCUUGGAUGCAGUCAAGCACCAGCUUGGACUCGAUGACACAACGCUCUUCAACACCUCCCUGAUUUAUCGCACAGCUUCCAAUCUCCCCAAGGGAAGUACCCGGGAGCCAGGCACCUCCAGUGCUUACAAGAUCUUGGUUGAAGCUGAAGUCUCGCAUUCGUACGCCGAGAUACACUUCACCUACUCCUCAGAGACCCUUUCCUCCUUCCAGGUCAGCCAUGUCAUGGACAUGUUUGACCAAGUCUUGGACGAUUUGAUAGCCCACAACCUCCGUGACCGCACCAUAGGGGACCUCAAUAUACUCCCUGAACGCUCAGUUCGCCGAAUCCGCGAUUGGAAUGCCGUAUCCCCUCCUAGAGUGGAGAAGUGCGCCGACGAACUCAUCCAGCAGCAGGCCCUCCUCCACCCCCGCGCCGAAGCCGUCUGCUCUUGGGACAAGAAUUUCACCUAUGGGCAACUUGAAAUUGUGUCCAGUCGCCUGGCUCGUCAUCUCUCCAGCCUUGGAGUCAAGCCUGAAGCCUUUGUGGUGUUGUGCUUCGAAAAGUCAGCUUGGGCUGUAGUCGCCCAGCUGGCUGUUCUCAAGGCGGGUGGAGCCUUCGUCUCGAUUGACCCAUCCCACCCCGAUUCUCGACUGAAGAUGCUUAUUGAUGAAAUUGGCACUAACCUUGUCUUGUGCUCGUCCUCAGUCCACACCAAGGUUUCGAAGCUGUCCGCUAAAUCAUUCGCCGUGUGCCAGACUUCAAUCUCCCAACUUCCUGAGUCGCCUUUGGCUUUGCCCGGCGCUCGUCCUACUCCAAGCAAUGCUGCAUAUGCUAUAUUUACCUCUGGUACUACCGGGAAGCCGAAGGCAACUGUCGUCGAACAUACUGCCCUUAGCACCACCGCGAUCGCCAUGAUCGACGGCCUGCACAUGAACUCCACAACCCGUGCUCUGCAGUUCUCUAACUACACCUUUGACGUCAGCAUCUUGGAGAUCAUGAUGAUUCUCAUGACUGGUGGCUGUGUCUGUAUCCCCAGCGAGGAUGAACGCAUGAACAACUUGGGUGGUGCCAUCUGCCGAAUGGAAGCCACCUACAUCUCGGCACCUCCUGCCAUUGUCAAUACACUAGAGCCGAAAAGCGUCCCCAGCCUCAAGGUCAUUAUCACAGGCGGCGAGAAGAUGCCCGCCAACCAUAUUGACCGCUGGGCAGACCGGUGUGUCAUCAAUGCCUAUGGUCCCUCCGAGGCCACUGUCGUUGCUACAGUUGGUGUCAAGGUUGAUUGGGAUGGGAACCGCGUCAAUGAUGAUCCCACAUCCAUUGGAACAUCUCCAAAUUGCAGAGUCUGGAUUGUCGAUCCGAACAACUCCGACCGUCUGCUGCCUGUUGGUGCUGUCGGCGAGCUGAUCCUUGAAGGAAGCAACAUUGCCCGUGGAUAUCUUGCCAACGAGGAAAAGACGAAGGCCUCUUUCUUCAAGAAUCCUGUGUGGAACCGUCAUUCUGGCUUGCAGGGCGUGUUCAAGCGAACUGAUCGCAUGUAUCGCACUGGUGAUCUUGUUCGCUACAACAGCGAUGGCAGUCUGGCUUUCAUCUCCCGCAAAGACACUCAGAUCAAGUUCAAUGGCCAGCGAAUUGAACUGGAGGAGAUCGAACAACAAUGUAUCCGCUGCCUACCUGAAGACUCUCAGGUCGCUGUUGAUGUCGUUGUUCCCGAGGAACGGACCAUCGCCAAGGGUCUCGCCGCAUUCUUCACGGUCCAUGACCCAGAUUCCAACGGCGGCAGCAACGAUCAAUUUGCCCCCACGGUCCCUGGAGCCGAUCCACUGCUCCUGCCCAUCUCCAUGUCCAACAUGGAUGCCAUUCAGAAGUUGAAGGGCUCUCUGCCCGAACUUCUGCCUCAGAGCAUGAUGCCCCGGCUCUUCUUCCCUAUCCGCAACUUGCCCUUCACUUCCUCGGGGAAGAUUGACCGCCGAAGAUUGCGGGCCAUGGUCCAGACCUUAUCCAAGGAUACUCUUAAGUCUUACAUUACGCUUAACACCUCCGACAGACGGGAGAUUUCCUCAGCUACUGGCCUCGAGAUCAAGCUUGUGGCCCUUGUCGAAAAGACCCUCGAGCUUGAAGCUGGAUCUGUGACCGCCGAUGACAGCUUCUUUGGUCUGGGUGGUGAUUCCUUGUCCGCCAUGAACCUCGUCGGCGCUGCUCAAGCAGAAGGUAUCGCACUCACCGUCUCGAGCAUCUUCAAUUCCCCGAUAUUGGUCGACAUGGCCAAGAGCUGCGUCGUGUCUGAUGGACCUGCGGAAGUUAAGAAAGAAGAUAUCAAGGCGUUCUCAUUGCUGCCCUCUGGAGUCUACCUAGAAAACCUGAUGGAUGAAGUCACCGACAGCUGCGAAGUGUCCAAGGACCUCAUCAGCGAUAUCUACCCAUGCAGCGCUGUGCAGGAGGGUCUUCUCACGCUCUCUAUCAAGCAUCACGGUGCUUAUGUUGCUCAGCCCUCAUUCCGUCUUGCUGCUGGCAUUGAUGUCGGUAAAUUCAAACAGGCCUGGCAACAAACGGUGGCAGACUUGGAAAUCCUUCGCACUCGCAUUGUCCACACUGAAGCUAUGAACUUUGCUCAAGUUGUCCUCAAGGAUGGCCCUAUCUCCUGGGUCGAAGCAGAGUCGUUCGAUUCUCUGCCCAACGAUUUCCUUCACCUUCCCAAGCAAAAUGGAGCAGCUCUCACUGGUUACGCCAUGGUGCACCCCCGUGGCUCGUCUGACAGCUACUUUGUGUGGUCUGUUCACCAUGCCCUUUAUGACGGCUGGAGUAUUCCUCUGGUAUUCCGCAAGGUCGAAGAGAACUACUUUGCCUCACAGCCGAAGCGCGCUGGCACCCCUUACAGUCUGUUCAUCGACUAUCUGGUGAAGAAGGAUAUGGAGGAGUCUGAUGCUUUCUGGAAGUCUUACCUGGCUGAUCUGUCAACCACUCCUUUCCCUCAUAACAAGAACGCUGUGCCUGAUGCCAUGCGUGCUGGCAACACCCAGUACCACAGCAUGAAACUUUCCCGCACGCGCAACAGCGUCGACUUUACCAUCCCCGUCCUCAUGCGCGCUGCAUGGGCAAUUGUCAUUGCCACUCACACUGCCUCCGGUGAUGUGUGCUUCGGCGAGACUUUGUCGGGUAGAAAUAUCGAUCUUCCCGGUGUUGCAGAUAUUGCUGGUCCUGUUCUGACCACUGUCCCCACCCGAGUCCAGGUUGACAAUGCUAUGUCCACUAUGCAGUACUUGCAGAAGAUCCACCAGUCGACCACCGAGAUGAUCCCACACUUGCACUCUGGUCUUCAACGUAUCCGACAACUGAACAAGGAUACCUCCGAGGGUUGCAAUUUCCAAAACUUGCUUGUAAUCCAGCCCGGCGAUGGCGAGCUCGACAACAAGAUCUGGAUCGACGAGAAACGUGAAACAAGCGAAGACUUCUUCACUCACCCCCUUGUUGUGGAAUGUGGAGUCACGAAGACAAGCAUCUCGUUCACUGUUCACCAUGAUGAGCUUGUCAUCAGCGGAUGGCACACCAAGCGACUUACCGAACAAUUUGCACAUGUUCUGCAGCAGUUGAUUGCCUUGCCUAAGAACAGCACGAGCAAGCUCGGAGAUUUGGAGGUCGUGAGCCCCAAGGACAAGGCUGAAAUUGGUACAUGGAACGAACGCGUUCCCCUCACAGUGGUACGGACCGUCCAAGAUUUCAUUCGUGAGAAGUCCGAGGAGACUCCGAAUGCCCAGGCUGUAUGUGCCUGGGAUGGCGACAUCACCUACAGAGAAUUCUGGAACCUGGCCUCUGGCUUUGCCAACUACCUGGUCUCUCGCGGAGUUGGCCCAGAAGUGUUUGUUCCAGUCUGCCUGGACAAGUCAGCUUGGGCAAUGGUCACCCUCAUCAGUAUUCUCAUCGCUGGUGGUGGGUACGUGCCUCUGGAUCCCUCCCACCCUACCUCGCGACACGAGGAAAUCCUCGCCGACGUCGGCGCCAACAUGAUACUAUGUACCCCCAAUUAUACAAACCGCUACAGCCGAGUUGUGAAGACUGUUAUCCCCAUCAGCAAGGAAACGAUCAAGGCCUAUGGCGCACUCAAGUCAUCUUCCCGUCGCCGAACUGAAGUCGAACCCACAAACAUGGCUUACGCUCUGUUUACGUCUGGGAGCACCGGUCGGGCCAAGGGAAUUAUUGUCGAGCACCGCAACGUGGUCAGCAGUAUCAUGGCAUUCGCGCCGUGGGUACGCAUGGAUGAGACCUCAAGAGUAUUCCAAUUCGCUUCCCUCACUUUUGAUGCUGCUGUUAUGGAGACUCUUGCGAUUCUAAUGCUCGGAGGUACCAUCUGUGUGCCCAGCGAAGACGACCGUCUCAACGAUGUUGCGGGCGCAAUUCGUCGACUUAAUGUUACCUGGACGUUCCUCACCCCUUCGAUUGCAAGCAUCAUUGAGCCAUCUUCGGUGCCUUCCCUCAAGCACCUCGUCUGUGGUGGUGAGAAGAUGUCCAAUGAAGUCAUCACCAAGUGGGCCAAUUCUGUUCACCUCAUGAACGGGUACGGGCCGACCGAAACCUGUGUGUUUGCUGUUAUCGACAAUGCAGUGGCCACCAACCGUGAUCCCGGGCGUAUCGGAUACGGUAUUCCCAGCACUCUCACCUGGAUUGUUGACCCCGACAACCAUGAUCGGCUGACUCCUCUGGGCGCAGUCGGUGAACUUGCACUUGAAGGUGCUCCGUUGGCCAGAGAGUACCUCAAAAACCCCGAGAAAAACGCAGAAGCAUUCACUUCGGACCCUGCCUGGAUCAAGGACUUCACGCCUGCGGUCCCCGGUCCUCGCCGAAUAUACAAGACUGGGGAUCUUUGCUACUACAACCCUGAUGGAUCAAUUCAGUACAUCAGCCGGAAGGAUCACCAGGUCAAAUUGCAUGGCCAGCGGAUGGAGCUUGGUGAGAUCGAGCAUCGCCUUUCUGAAGAUGCUCUUACCCGCCAUGCUGUCGUCGUGCUCCCCAAGAACGGCCCGCUUAAGCAGCGCCUGGUCACUGUGAUGUCUUUGAACAGUGUGGCUGCUGAUACCAAGCUUAUUUCUGACAAGCCUUGUGAGCUUGUUGAUGAGAAUGAACUUGAGCGCCAUGCUUACAACGAGCUGGUCGAAGUCCAGCAGAAUCUUGAGAACCAGCUGCCCAUUUACAUGGUUCCGCAGACUUGGGCUCUCAUCAAGAAGCUUCCCAUGCUCGUUUCCGGAAAGCUCGACCGGAAGAAGAUCACCGCCUGGGUAGAGGAUAUUGAUGAUGCAUCCUACGAGCGUAUCAUGGCCGAUUACGAUCGCAUCAAGCGUGGCAAGAUCGAGGAGAAGCCGCAAGAAAAGGAAGAGAAGAAUGGAUCGCUCAGCAUCAUCCGCGAAAUAUUUGCACAGGUGUUGAAUAUCUCCCUACAGAAAGUCAACGUCGACCGCUCCUUUGUCAGUUUGGGCGGCGACAGCAUCACUGGAAUGGCUGUCAUUUCUCGCGCUCGCAAACAAGGCCUUAUCCUGACACUACACGACAUUUUGCAGAGCAGAUCACUGAAGGAACUUGCUCAAACAGCCGGCUCCAAGGCACCUGUUUCACAGCGCGAAGAGAAGUCCGGUGAAGGUUUCGCACUUUCUCCUGUCCAAAGGCUCUACUUCCAGAGCUCGGACUCGUUCAAGGGCGCCGCUCGCUUCAACCAGAGCAUGACUGUCCGCAUCGCUCGUCGUUGUGAGGGUGAGGUCCUCAAGCGCGCCGUCAAGGCUGUUAUUGGCCAGCAUGCCAUGUUCCGCGCGCGCUUCAGCACAUCUAGUGACGGCACUUGGCAACAGAAAACUGCAGCGGAGGUCGAUGAAUCUUUCCGAUUCCGCGUUCACUCUGUGGGCGAUACCCGUGGGAUGGUUCCAAAGAUUGCUGAGAGUCAAAAUUGCCUCGAUCCUCUCAAUGGACCUAUUCUUGCAGCCGAUUUGUUUAACCUUCGCACAGGUGGUCAGGUCUUAUUCCUCGUCGCUCACCAUCUCUGCAUUGACAUGGUAUCAUGGCGCAUCGUGCUCCAGGACCUCGAAGAGCUCGUUGUCUCUGGAUCUCUUUCACUCGACAAGGCAUUGUCCUUCCAAAGCUGGUGUGCCAUGCAGACCGAGAGAGCCAAAACACACGAUGCGACUAUCUCUCUGCCUUUCACUCCUGAGAAGCCGAACUUGCCUUACUGGGGCAUGCAAGGUUCACCCAAUGUUUACGGAGACAUCAAGAUGGAAUCUUUCAUGUUGAGUGAGGAUACUACCAAAUUCAUCCUGGAUGGCUGCCACAGCGUCUUCCGGACUGACACUGUCGACAUUUUGCUGUCUGCCAUCAUUUAUUCCUUCGCUCGGACCUUCACUGAUCGCAAGGUGCCGACUAUUUACAACGAAGGACAUGGCAGAGAACCCUGGGAAGCCGACAUUGAUCUUUCCAGAACAGUUGGCUGGUUUACCACAAUGGCCCCUUUGCUAGUGGAUUCCGAAGCUCGUAAGUUUCCCAUGCCUCAUCUUGUCGACAGACAGCUGACACAACAAGGUGCCCUCAACGACAUUAUCAAGCGUGUCAAAGACACCAGGAGGAAGAUAGCAGACAAUGGACGUCCUUACUUCGCCAAAAACCUGCUUCAAGACCAGGGUGCUGAUUUCCCUGUCCCGUUGGAAAUCCUGUUCAAUUACCUGGGUAAAAUGCAGCAACUCGAGCGAGCUGAUUCGCUAUUCCAUCACCAUGGUAGCGUCUUUGACAGCUCGGACUUUGCCGUCGCAGGUGACAUGGGUCCCCAGACUGCUCGUUUCGCCCUCUUCGAAGUAUCCGCCAUUGUCAUCAAAGAACGCCUCAAUGUUGCCUUCACCUACAACCACAAAAUGCAGCAUCAGGGCUCUAUUCGCCGCUGGAUUCUCCAGUGCAAGCAGACCCUUGACAAGGAUAUCCUCACCCUGAAAACGGCCACUCCAGAGCCCACUCUCAGUGACUACCCCUCCUCCCAAUUAACUAUCACGGCCUCCAGAUGCUCACUGCGAGCACCUUCCGCAGGGCCGGCAUUCGGGACAAGGACGACCCAGCUCCGCGAUCCCAAUGCGUACAUGUUCCAUACUGUGUUUGAGAUCAAGGAUGGCAAAUCUGGCAAGGUCGACGCUGAGGGAGUUGCCCGCGCUUGGCAAGCCCUUGUCGACCGUCAUCCUGUGCUCCGAACUAUUUUCGUCGACAGCAACUACACGGGCGGAUCCUUUGACCAACUGGUGCUCAAGAAUCUUUCCGACAAUAUCCUACGCGUGCAAUGCCAGGACUCCCAGGUUGAGGAGAAGUUGGCUGCUAUCUCUCUCCGUGACAGGAACGCAAUGCGCCAAGCAAAGCUUUCUCACCAAUUGACAGUUUGCAAAACGAACACCGGACGUGUAAUCCUCAAGCUGGAGAUGAACCAUGCCAUCAUCGAUGGUGGCUCGGUGGAUGUACUUCUCCGUGACCUGACUCUCGCCUACGAGCGUAAGAUCGCCGAGGGUUCAGGACCUCUCUUCAGCGACUACAUCAAGUUCAUCAGGACUCAAAGCCAUAGUGACGCUCUCAGUCACUGGAAGGAAUACCUCGGCGGAGUUCACCCAUGUCACCUCGCCCCAUCAGCUGUGUUCGAAGCCAAGAGGGAACUCAAGGGUGUCAUGAUGAACUUCCAGCGAUUCCCUGAGUUGCUCAAGUUCUGUGAACGAAGCUCGGUGACUCUCGCCAACUUGACCCUUUCCGCGUGGGCCAUCGUCUUGCGACAGUUCACUGGCUCCGAUGACGUUUGUUUCGGAUAUCUCUCUGCCGGUCGCGAUGCCCCUGUCAAUGGUAUUCAGGACAUGGUUGGAAUCUUUAUUAACAUGCUUUGCUGCCGAGUCCAGUUCUCCGAUCAGCAGACCCUGACGGACGUGUCCAAGAAUGUUCAAGAUGAUUAUAUUCGAUGCAUUCCCCACCAAAGCUGCUCUUUGGCGAGCAUUCAGCAUGAGCUUGGUUGGCAGGGACAGUCCCUGUUCAAUACUACCUUGUCGAUCCAGAACCACUCCGUUGCGGGUGGCCCCAAGGACAAAGGACUGUCCUUCGAUCUUCAACAUGCACAUGACCCGAGCGAGUACGCGGUCACUGUGAACGUUGAGAUUGCCCGAGGCCAGGAGGGUAUUCUUUUGAGAUACUGGAAUGAUAUUGUGUCUGACGAGGAGGCACAGAGUCUGGCUGACACCAUCGCCAAGGUGUUUACUGGCUUCAUUGAGUCCCCGGCUGCGACCCUGUCGCAGUCCACAUUCGCUUCUGAGGCUGAACCUGAGUCAGUGGAUUGGGAUCGCUCCCAAACCACACUGGCAGACAAGGCAAAGUCGACUGGAGAGGCAAUUGACAGCAGUGCUAUGCAGAAAAUUAUUGAUGAUCGUGUUCAUGAGAUUAUUGGUCAGAUGUUGAGAGAAGGAAAACUGACGGUGCCUCCCAUUCGCACAGAAGGGUUGUCAAGCUAUGGUGGUCACACUGAUACCAUAGCCGACUCACCGUACCAGUUAGGUAUACAAGGAGCAGAUGAUUCGGGUGUUUGUUCGGCGACUUCCCGUUCCAGCGAGGAUGGGAUGUCGGUCGAUGUGGAAAGGAAAUUGUGGAAUCUUUGGAGCACAGCUCUUGGCCUCUCACCUAACGUGGUGAGACACCAGGACAGCUUCUUCAAGUUGGGCGGUGACAGCAUCACCGCCAUGAAGAUGGUCAGUGCUGCUCGCGAAGAGGGCCUGGUCCUUACUGUUGCAGAUGUCUUCAACAAUCCUGUCUUCGAGGACAUGCUGACAACAGUGCGAGCCGCCAAUGUCACUCAGCAGAUGCUGAAUGCCGAUCUCAAGUCAGGCGGCCACAAGGAGGCUGACAGUGAUUUGCUCAAUAUCACCCCGACAACACUGGGGCCCAGCCCCUCUACCGAGAGCCUCGAGGUUCUCAAGCCAUCGUGCGUCGACGAUGCCGCGGUGCAGAGCGGUAUCUGUCCCAAGGUUGGUGUAUUCAAGGGUGGCAUCGCCGAUGUACUCCCUGUCACUGACUUCCAGGCGAUGUCUCUUACGGCGACUCUCUUCAAAUCUCGAUGGAUGCUUAACUACUUCUAUCUUGAGGGCAACGGUCCACUGGACCUGAGACGCCUUCGUGAGAGUUGCUUGAAGGUUGUCGCUGCAUUUGAUAUUCUGCGCACAGUAUUUGUGUGCUUCCAUGACCAGUUCUUCCAGGUCGUGCUGCGCAAGAUCCGUCCCAGCAUUUUCGUUUAUGAGACCGACCGCGCUCUUGAUGAAUUCACCAUGACCCUUCAACAGAGAGAUCGCGAAUACGGACCGCGCGAAGGCGAGCAGUACGUGCAGUUCUACGUUGUCAAGAAGAAGAACAGCGACCAGCACCGUAUCAUGAUCCGCCUCUCACACACUCAGUAUGAUGGAGUGUGCUUGCCAAAGAUCAUGGCUGCCAUUAAGCACGGAUAUGAAGGCACCCCGCUGCCUCCGGUUACCCCCUUCGCUGGUUACUUGCGACAGUUGCCAGGAACAAUCACUCCAGACCAUUACCGCCACUGGACGGACCUUCUCAAGGGCUCUCACAUGACCCAAGUUGUCCGCAGAAGCGGUACCAACAUGUUCCAGAACGUUGGAGCAUUCACAGAGAUCCACAGAAAGAUUGAGAUCUCGCCCACUGCCCUUGGAAAUGUCACUAUCGCAACUGUCAUGCAGGCUGCCUGGGCCCUGGCCCUUGCCAAGCUCUCUGCUCAGUCUGAUGUUAUCUUUGGUCUGACUAUCAGCGGCCGCAACGCCACGGUGCCAGGUAUCGAGAGCACCGUUGGCCCCUGUGUCAAUGUCAUCCCGGUCCGCGUGAAGUUCGACGAGAAAUGGACCGGUGUCGACCUAUUCCGCUACCUCCAGGACCAACAGGUCUCCAACAUGCCUUUCGAGUCCCUGGGCUUCCGCGAGAUCAUCAAGCAAUGCACUGACUGGCCCGAUUGGACCUACUUUACCACCUCAGUCUUCCACCAGAACGUCGACUACGAAGGAAGCAUGCAGCUCGAUAACAACAAGUACCGCAUGGGUGGUGUCGGCGUCAAUGACAACCUAGCCGAUCUCACCAUGGUAUCCCGUCCCUCCGGGGAACGAGGCCUCGAUGUCACCCUCGGCUACUCCGAAAAGGGCCCUGUGAUGCCAUCAUUCGCAUCCAAGGUUCUCGACAUGGCCUGUGAGAUUGCACAAUCCCUCGUCGCCAACCCAACCAACUCCCUACCCUCCGCGAGCAUGCUACGCUCUCUGCCACCGCAGACAAUCGACGAUCUACCCCGACCAUCAGACGAGCACUUCCUCAGCGCACAUCUCAAAUCGCGCUCCAUCGCAGAGCUGCUCGUGCAUUCAGACAUUCUGUCUCGCUCGUGGCACCAGGUCCUGCCCAGCCGCACCACGACCGGCCCCGUCGACCCAGAAGCGGACAAACCCACCCAUCAAUCCGCCUUCCAGUUGGACUCGUCCUUCUUUGAUCUCGGCGGUGACGUCUUCAAUCUAGCCCAGCUUACCUGGCUUCUUGAACAAGAGGGUCUCAAGGUUCGAUUGGAGGAUCUUAUCGAACACCCGACUUUCCUAGGCCAAAUGGCCGUGCUGGCUUUGCAUAACGCCAAGCACCAGGAGGAUAUGCCAACAGAGCUUCUUGCUACCGGUGCUGCACCGCCUGAUCCUGUCGGUCGCAUCGAAAAGAAGAAGACAUGGUCCAAGGCCAUGACCAUAGCGAGAAAGUUGACUGGGCGAAACACGGUCACCAGCCGAGCUUGA